ACAUAGAAAAUAUUUAGUCAUGUCUCUUCCUACUUGGUUGAAUCUCAAGAUUAAGUCCCCUCAGUAUGGCUAUAAGCCUACAUCAAGGAUCAUUCCAGCUUCUGUUCCAUCAAAGUUGAAUCUAUCAUAUACACAACACUCUGAAUGUCCAAACAAUCUAUGUCCUCCAGCAGAUCAGAAUGUUGCAGCAUUUGUGUUUGGAGAUGGAUCAAAUUCAAGACUUUAUCCAUUGACAAAGAGAAGAUCAGAAUCUGCACUUCCUAUAGCAGGAAACUACAGGCUCAUUGAUGCAGUUGUCAGCAACUGCAUCAAUAGUAAUAUCAAGAAGAUUUAUGCACUUACACAAUUUAACUCUGCCUCUCUGAAUUCUCACCUUUCAAGAGCUUAUUCGAGUGCACGCAUUGGGAACGAAGCAUUAGUUGAUGUAAUUGCAGCUUGUCAGGGUCCUGAAGGCAAGGGCUGGUUUCAGGGAACUGCUGAUGCGAUAAGAAGAUGUUUGUGGGUACUAGAAGAGUAUCCAAUUGUUGAUUUUCUGGUACUUCCUGGUUACCAUCUUUACAAAAUGGAUUUCCAGGAACUCUUAAAGGUCCACUGCAACAAUAGAGCAGAUAUAACUGUUGCAGUGUUAAGCACAAGGAGGGAUAAAGAUAUUGAACUUUCUACUUUCCAAGUAAAUUCUAAUAAUCAAGUCAUUUCAUUCAAAGACAAUCCAGAGAUGAGAGUAGCAAAUUUAGACGUUUCUCAAGAUAAGUUUAUCGGCAUGGAUAUCUAUGUUGUUAACAAAGAUGCCAUGAUAAAGCUUCUGACAGAGUAUCACCCCAUGGCCAAUGACUUCAGAAGAGAAGUUGUACCAGGUGCAAUUUCCUUAGGAAUGAAUGUAUACGCACACAAAUUUAGCGGCUACUGGGAGGACAUGAGAAGCAUUGAAGCUUACUACCAGGCAAAUAUGGAAAGCAUAAAGAAUACCAAUAAGGCAUAUAGCAGCUUGUAUGACAAAGACUCCCCCCUAUACACUUUGCCUCGGCACCUGCCUCCGACUCAGAUAACUGAUGCUGCUAUAACAGACUCUGUGAUUGGAGACGGAUGCUUUCUCAAUAGAUGCAAGAUCAGAGGUACAGUGGUUGGCAUGAGAACAAGAGUAGGAGAUGGAGCGAUAAUUGAGGACUCAGUAAUAAUGGGAUCUGAUACUUACCAAAAUAGUCGAGCAGAGGAGGAUAUGCACAUUCCUAUUGGAAUUGGAGAAGGCUCACAGAUAAGGAAAACAAUAAUUGAUAAGAACGUAAGAAUCGGCAAAAAUGUUAAGAUUUUGAAUAAGGAAAAUGUCCAAGAAUGCAAUAAUGAAGCAAAUGGUUACAUUAUCACCGGAGGCAUAGUUGUAAUUCUGAAGGGUGCUAUUAUUCCAGAUGGGAGCAUUCUGUGAGAGUCAUAUUGGAGAUGGACAGAUAACAUCACUCUUUCAAUGAUUUGAUAGGAAGACAUAGCAGCAGGGAGUCAAACUUUACACUGAGAAAUCCUUUUUUUGUCCAUACAUUUUAUUUCACUUAGGUUGAUAGUUCAGGUUUAGAUCAUACAGAAUCAUUCUGUAAUGACUUGAAUUCAUGUUAAGGGGAAUAAAGUUUCCAAAAUCUGGAAUCUUUUAAUUAAAAAAUAUCAGCUUUGCUCUUUCUGAAAAAGCACCACUAAAGGUUGCCUUCAGACUUUAUGGAAGAAAGGUAAGAUUAAUGAACUUUUUUGUUAUUUUUUCUUUCAUAGAUAAAGAUUUUCUGUGACACGGGUUAGCUCGCGAAUAGCUAAAAAAAACAAAAGGAAGAGGAAAGACCCCUGAUGACAUUCGAACCCUGCAUAAAUUGCAAGUGAAGCUACAGCAGUUAGGCUACUACUUCCUUUUGAAUGUUUUUGUAAUGUGGAUAUUCAAAGAAAAGGAAAAAAAAAAAUUAAUGGAAGUCAUUCUGGCCCAUGCUUACUUUCUUGCUUUUAUUGGGGACGAGGAAAAUAAAUUUUAGCUGACGGUGAGUGUAUCAUCUGAAGAUUAUUCAACAAGAAAGGGUAUUUGGAACCUAAAAUUUGAAGAACUACAAAGCAAUGGCAGCAGCAUGACAAUGCUUAUUGGCUGUAAAAAUCAACUCAAACAGAACCUUUAUCCUAAUGGGACUUUGAGGUUUGUCACUUGAUGUACUCCAACUCUAACAUGUGCACGCUUAUGUAUUCCCAGCAUGCUAAGAUAAUAAAAAAGCAUGAAACUUUCUACAUGGAUACAAUUAUAGGUGUAGGACAAUAAAAACUUAAACA